AUGGCAACCAUCACCGAGGUGCGGACGGAUGCGCUCGUCCCAACUGACCUCGUUCUUAAGACAGGUCAGAUCAAAAUCGAAAGCGAAGAGAUCUCGACGAGAGACCUGUCUGAUAUCCCUCUGCCACCGCCAUCAAAACGGCCGACAGAAGUGCUGAGCGUAGAUAAAGGAACUCCAGAUAGCCAUGUUCCUCGUGACCCUCGGCUUAUCAGAUUAACGGGUGUUCAUCCGUUUAAUGUUGAGCCACCUCUCACAGAUCUGUAUAAAGAAGGUUGCUUGCACCGGCUGUCAUGCUUGUCCCCUUGA